CGAAAUUGAAGCUCCAUCGGUUAAACUUUCAUUAAAAGUGGUGUUUAGUGGAUUUUAUUUGUUGGUGUCUGAAUUGGAUAGGGCUAUAACUCUACCAUUCAAUUGCGAAUGAUCCGUUCUGUGCCCUCAAAAAAGGUUUCCCAGUGUGUUAAAUACAGUUGAAACAAUCCAAGCAAAACACAGGAAACCAAAGCCUCAAUCUUCGCAGCGAAGAAAGUUCAGCAUUCUUGAGCUGAAUGUAUAUCAUGGAAUGAAGCAGCCGAGUAAUAGUGAAGAAAAUCUGCACGACCGAUUGAGUGCUGCCGAACUACAGUCCAUGGCAAUGAGGCAACAGCAGCAAAUUGAUACCCAGCACCAAAUGCUGGCAGCGAAGGAGCAGCGGCUACGAUUUCUAAAAUCUCAAGAAACGCGCAGUGCCGUAUCGAUCGCAGAAGCAGAGCGCUUGCGAAGGUUACGCGAACGGGUGGAGGCUCAGGAAUCGAAAUUGCGGCGCUUGCGAGCCUUACGUGGUCAAGUGGAUUUGCAGAAAACCUACAAUGUUACACUGGGGAAUGACUUGGACUCCAUACGGGCCCUCUUCAGUGAGAAGGAAAAGGAGCUUACUCUGGCUGUCGCCAAGGUUGAAGCAUUAACACGCCAACUCGAAGAGCUUCGCCGUGAUCGACGGGGUGGUGGGAAUGGUCCUGGGGGCAUUCCCUUCAAUCUCAAUCAAAACACUCCCAACAGUGGCAGUGCAUCCACGGCUGCUAAAGAGCUGGAGAAACUGCGCUUAGAGCUAGCUUACCGAAAUCAGCUUUCGAUGCAGCAAACCGCUCGACUUAGCAUGCAACGGGAGGCACUGCAACAACGCCAAAUGGAACUGCAUUCGGUGGACAAGCGUAUUAUUGAGCUACAAAGUCGCAUCAAUAAGAAACGUAUCCUGAAUGUACAUCAAAAACAGCAGCAACAACAGCAACAGCAGCAACAACAACAGCAGCAGCAACAGCAGCAACAACAGCAGCAACAACAGCAGCAACAACAACAGCAGCAGCAACAGCAUCAGCAACAAAAACAACAACAAUUGCAGCAACAACAACAUCAACAACAACAGCAACAGCAACAGCACCAGCACCAGCAACAACAGCAGCAGCAACAGCAGCAACAGCAACAGCAACAGCAACAGCAACAGCAUCAGAAGCAGCAACAGCAACAGCAACAGCAGCAGCAGCAGAAGCAGCAACCAUUGCAUCAGCAAUUACAACAGCAGCAACCGAAUCAACAACUGCAGCAUCAACAACAACAACAACAACAACAACAACAACAACAACAACAACAACAACAACAACAACAACAACAAAAACAACUGUUUCAGCAGCAGCAGCAGCAGCAGCAGCAGCAGCAGCAGCAGCAGCAGCAGCAGCAGCAGCAGCAGCAGCAGCAGCAGCAGCAACAACGACAACAACAACAAGCAUCGCCACAACAACUUUUAAUUGAACAACAACAGCAAAAACAACAACAAAAUCAACAACAACAACAACAACAACAACAACAACAACAACAACAACAACAACAACAACAACAACAACAACAACAACAACAACAACAACAACAACAACAACAACAACAACAACAACAACAACAACAACAACAACAACAACAACAACAACAACAACAACAACAACAACAACAACAACAACAACAACAACAGCAGCAGCAGCAGCAGCAGCAGCAGCAGCAGCAGCAGCAGCAGCUACAAAAGCAGCAACAAGACCAGCAGCAAAUGCUACUGCGACAAUAUCAGCAGGAUCAGCAAUAUCGGGCACGUUAUUCGGAAAAUAUUGCACCAAAUACUCACGCAAUGGGAAUAGGAGCAGGAUCCAUCUCUGCGAUUGGCAAAGUGACCAGUCGCGAGCUGGAGUUGAUGGCCCAAACGCAAGAUUAUGAGAUGAAGCAUAAUUCACACUCUACUUCCGGGUACGAGGCUGAAAAUGGCAACACUGUGAGCGGGGGACGUGAUGGCCUCAGCGCCGACGCUUUACGCUGCAGCGAUGUCGAAAUGGAGGCUACAGGGGGUCUUGAAACUGAAUUCGCACAUACUGCGUCGGGCAAUAAUAAGGCCCAUGAUCAUCAAAAGGGAAGCGGUAAUGUGCUGGGACCGCGCAACACAAACUUGCAGGAAGAUUACAAUCCACAGCUGCAACCGAAGCUACCGAGCAAAGCAGCGUACAAUUUUCUUCAAAACAUUCCACUUGGGAAUUUAGUCGUUCCACCGAGAAAACCCGUCAACAGUGUAGCUCCGACUCUGGCCAUGAAAUCAGGGCCAACUCCUUCACCAACAUCAACCGUGUCCAACGAGUCCUCCACCGGAGCCAAAGUGACGAGUGUGACGCGCAAAAUGCCAUCCAUGCACAGCACAGGCUCUGUUGUUGAAGGCGAUAAAAACCUUGCCGCAAACCAGAAUUUCGGUGGUAAUCAGAAUCGCCCAGCAUUGCCACCGAAACCGUACAAACAGACAGGAUCGGGAAGUGUCGGGGGAGCUACAAACAACAACACGACCGAGGAAAAUGUCUCCGAAGCGUCAACAACGGCUGGAGUGGAAAAUGAUGCAACGGCAUCGUACGAUAUGCCGGAUCUAAGUUUAUUAGGCACGUUAAACAAACAGUCUUUUUCAAACGAUAAACUUCCAAUCAAGGCAAAACCAUUGACCAUUCGCAAGCAUCCUUUUCUGGAGCAACCGAAGUUAAAAAGCAGCUCCACUGGCUCCAACGCAAGUAGCAGUGCAAGUUCAGGCACUACCGGGGGUGUUGCUGGAAGCAAACAGACAAUCAAUGCCGCUGCAUUGAUUCAGCAUCAACUAGGCAAACGCCCUAAGGAUACCGGUGCUGGAUCGGAUGGGUCUUUGACCGACUCGACAGCCAUGCAUAGCAAUGACGAACGCGAAGCUUUUUAUCAUGAACAGAAAUCUUCCGUCGGUGGAACCAGCGGAAACGGAAGUGACAAUGUUGCCGGACGGGGAGAUUAUCCGAUCGAUAGGUUGAAGAAGCUGAAGAGCAACAUGACCAGUGCAGGAGGCGAUGGAGGGGCUGGUGAAAACGAAGUUGCUAGAAGAAAACGUAACUUUGUAUCGGCUUCCACAGAGGGACAGAGUGGUGGUGUUGGCCAAGGUAGCACAGGCACACUAUCCAACAGCAGUGGUGGUGGCAGUGGCAGUGGUGGCACGGCGAACGAAGGUGUCAAACAUAAACUAUCCAGGCGGGUUAGCUUCGACCCACUAGCAUUACUGUUGGACGCUAGUUUGGAAGGCGAAUUGGAGUUGGUGGAAAAAACAGCAAUGCAGGUGACCAAUCCAAGCGCUGCAAACGAUGAAGGCAUAACGGCACUGCAUAACGCAAUCUGUGCGGGACAUUUUGAGAUAGUAAAAUUCCUGGUGAAAUUCGGUUGCGAUGUAAAUGCGCAAGAUUCCGACGGGUGGACACCGCUUCACUGUGCGGCAAGUUGCAACAAUUUGCCGAUGGUGAAAUUCCUGGUAGAGUCUGGAGCCUGUCUGUUUGCGGCCACGCUGUCCGACCACGAAACGCCGGCCGAAAAAUGCGAAGAAGAUGAGGAGGGUUUCGACGGGUGCUCGGAAUAUCUUUACAGUAUACAGGAAAAACUGGGCAUACUAAACACGGGCGAGGUGUACGCCGUGUUUUCGUAUGAAUCUCAACAACCGGAUGAGUUGAGCUUUUAUGUCAAUGAUAAGCUAAUCAUCAUACGGAAGGGAGAUGAAGCGGAGCGGGAAUGGUGGUGGGCACGCGAUUCUACCGGCAGCGAAGGUUACGUGCCGAGGAAUCUAUUGGGCCUCCAUCCGCGUCUAGCCCCAAUGUAUAUUGACGAAAACAAUUAGGAUAGGGGUUUCGGGUUGCAUAAGACGAUAGCAAUAGACAAUGUUAUAACGGAAUGAGGAACUUGCAAAAAAAGUAGUUUAUCUAGCAACGCUCUGUUAUAUUUAUGUCAUCUUCAAAACAAACUCGGUAGUGAAAACGUUUAGACGUCCCUAUAUGUGAGUGGUAUUUCCGGUAUAAACAUAGCUGAUAAUAAUACCGAAUAAAAAGAAUUUUACUUGACCC